UACGGAAAUAGUCUCAUUUUCACACACUGACUGAAAUAAUGCCUCAUACCUUGCCAUCCCGCAUUUUAAUUAAGGUUGAGGCUGGAAUGUGAACCGCAUGUUGGUCACUAACUAAAUGUAUCCCACAGGCAUGACGUAUGACAUAAGUUAUGAUCUAUAUUCAGCAUGUUGUAAAUGAGGCAGUUCAUUUUCAGUUCGUGAGUUUUUGCACCUUCCUUUGGCACCUCAAGCCUGUGAUAUUUUUCCUCCACAUCACAUUUACACUCCCCACUACCUCACUCUUCAUUCCCUCCUUCUCUCAUCUUUCUUUUUGCCCCCUGUCUAUAAUUGGAUUCUAUUUUCAGGCUGCUAUAAGUGUCUGUGUCUCUCGUGUUUGUGUUUCACACCCCAUUUUCUGUCUCUCCUCCAUCGUCACCCUCUGCUCACAUUGUUCCUUUCAUUCUCUCCAUCUUUGCCGCUGUGUAAAGCCGCCCCUCUCGUUCUCCUUUUCUUAUGUUUCCCCCACAAACAGUUUUAUUUCUGCAAAACCUUUCAUUACACUUUUUAUCCUUUUUAUUUAAAUAUGAUAGACACUAAAAGCCUUGUGCAAAAUUAUGUUAGGUGAAGUAAUGCAAUACAGAAGUAAACUGCACAUAACUGAUGAUGUGAAUAGCUCUCUCAUGACCUAAUUCUGGUAGUCUGGGUUACACAGCGAUCUGAGGAAGAAGAUAAAUUUGGUGUGUAAGAAAAUAUCUAAAAAAGAAGAUGAUAGGAUACUGUAGCGCUCACAAAACACAGGAAUGAUGCAUGUGUAAGUAAGUGUUGACAUCUAAAUAAAAUGUGUCACACCUUCAUGUCGAUGUGACUACUGAAACAUUUGUAAGAAAGGCAUUGAGCCAAUUUACAGUAUUUUUAAAGAGGAGGAGUGGAAAAUGAGAGGCUGACAGAGGGAGGGAGUCAUAUUGUAGGACUUGGUUGGCUGUUGGGAUGUCUCUAGAGGUGCAGCAUGUAUUUAAAAGACGAAAAAGACUUUGAGACAGGAAGAGAGGCUAUCAGAGAUGGAAAAAAUUGACUGACGAGUAGAAGACAUGGGGAUCUCUCAUCAGACUAGAACAGCCUCUUCAAGAAGGCCUGGAAUCUGCAAAAGCACAACCCACGCGCCUCGACUCAGUCAUGUGGCAAAGAAUCGCGCCACACUCGUGCGGACAGUGCACAUUCGACCACUGCCCACGCGAAACACACUCUCACGCAAACCGCACGCACAGGCACGCAAGGUGCACACGCAUGUGACGCAGACGCACAGGGCAAGCUCACAGUCUGCACAUUGCUGCCUGACGCAGCCCUAUGAGCAAUACACGGCACACAGCGAUCACUCAGGCUGCACCUUCUACUGCUAUUUCUGCUACUGCUGUUACUGCUGCUGCCUCACGUUGCUCUCUUUCUCUCUCCUCCUCCUCCUGUCUCCACCACCUAAUGCUCCUCCCUCUGCCUUCUCUACAUUGUCAUCAUAUAUCACUCUUCCUCAUUCCUCCUCCUCCUCCUCCUCCUCCUCCUCAUCAUCAACUUCCUGUUUGGAUGAACUUUCCUGUGUCCAUCCUGAUGUCAACCUUACUUCUUCUACUGUGUCUCCCUACUGCCCUGUGCCACCUUGUCUCAUCUCUGAUGAUUCUUUCCCUCUCUUCUACGUCUCAUCUGCUGACCUCCUCCCUUCUGAACAAUUCACCUCAUGUUGCCACGGCUCCUCUCCCAAAUCUACUUCAUCUUCCUCUUCCAUGCCCUCUGACUCCUUUCUCCAUCCUCAUCAUCCUAUCCUUUGUCGGCCGUGGCCUUCUUCACGCUCUCUUUCCUCCCUGCUCCUCUGCCCUCCCAGCUUUGGGGAUCCAGUCUUAUCGUAUGCGUCCACUUUGGAGCACAUCCCCUCCCGGCCUAGGACACUACUGCGCCAGCAGAGUCUUCAGCAGCCUCUCAUCCACCCACCAGGCCCUGGUCUUAGCCAUCCUCCCACCACAUCCCAGAGUUUGGGACAAUUACACACUGCACCUGGACAGCCUGGGGGAGGCGGGGGUGCUGGGAAAGGAGAGGGAGGUGGCAGCAGUGGUGAGGGUGGGGGUGCGGGUUCGCGAGGCGGUCCCAGGGGUGCACGGGGCAGCCCAUCAGGAUCAGGGGCCUCUCGCAGUAGGGGAGGUGGAGCAGCAGGGUGCUCCCGUGGCAAUCCUGGCAGCUGGGAUUUCAUGAUGGACCAGAUGCGGAAUCGCGGCCUGGACGCAAAGUCCUUCCUUGAAGGGAAGCUGGUGGUCCUGGCUUUGGCCAUUGGUGUGGCUGAGCAAGAUGACUUUGCCAAUAUCCCUGACCUGCAGGAAACAGCGCAGGCACCACCAUCAUCCAAUCAGGAGCCCCCUCCUGAGAAGAGGGGCAACAAGCCAGCUAACAGCCCCAAGGGCCAACCUCCUGAUGCUGACGGCCACUCAUCGGUAACUGACCUGGCCAACUCUCUCACUGGAGAUAUGGUGAUGCUGUCUCCAGGUUCGGAAGAUGACGAAGGGCCUGUCAGUGAGAAGCUGGGCCGGAUCCAGUUCAGCAUAGGGUACAGCUUCCAGAACACAACCCUUACAGUCAAACUUCUCAGGGGCCAGGAGCUCCCAGCCAAGGACUUCUCCGGCACUUCCGAUCCCUUUGUGAAAAUCUACCUGCUGCCGGACAAAAAGCACAAGCUAGAGACCAAGGUCAAGAGGAAGAACCUCAACCCGCACUGGAACGAAACCUUCCUGUUUGAGGGCUUCCCAUACGAGAAGGUGAGAGAGCGCACUCUAUACCUUCAAGUGUUGGACUACGACCGCUUCAGUAGGAAUGAUCCCAUUGGAGAGGUGUCAAUCCCCCUUAAUAAGGUGGAACUGGGCCAGAUAAAGACCUUCUGGAAGGAGCUCAAGCCCUGCAGUGAUGGCAGUGGGAGACGAGGAGACCUCCUGUUGUCUCUCUGCUAUAAUCCCACUGCCAACACCAUCACUGUGAACAUCAUCAAAGCACGCAAUCUUAAAGCCAUGGAUAUAGGAGGCACCUCAGAUCCAUAUGUCAAGGUGUGGCUGAUGCACAAGGACAAGCGUGUAGAGAAGAAGAAGACGGUGACGAUGAAGCGCUGUCUAAACCCCAUCUUCAACGAAUCCUUCCCCUUCGACGUUCCCGCCCAUGUGCUGAGGGAGACCACCAUCAUCAUCACUGUCAUGGACAAAGACAGGCUCAGCCGCAACGACGUUAUCGGCAAGAUCUACCUAUCGUGGAAGAGUGGACCAGCGGAGGUGAAGCACUGGAAAGACAUGCUCGCUCGGCCGCGUACUAACGUCGCCCAGUGGCAUGCUCUCAAGGCCUGAUCGCACUGCCCAGUUUCCUCCCAUCUCUUACUCCCCCUCCCCUAAUCCCGUCCUUAUGCACAAGACUGACUUGCUGCCAGGCUGCGAAACACGGGUACAAUUAGCCAUCUGCUCUCUUAUACCUUUAAACUCUUUUCUUUCAAAAUCUGUAUUUCUCUCCAAAUCUUUUUACCUCUUCUGUUCCCUCUUCUUCAUACAGCUGUUCCUUGGUUUAUGUAUUUCACCACUUUGCCAAUGGUCCCCCUGUUUCUGACUGUCUGUAUGUCUGUCUGUACUUAUGCACUUUUCCUGUGGAAGUCUGAUGUUCAGUUUUUGUUGACCCCUCGGUUCUGAACUGUACUGCAGCCCCUGAUCCAUUUAAGGUGCCAGUCCCGUCGGAUCACAGAAAAUCUUAAGAAAUGGUUUAAUUUUAUAUAAUCUUAUUAUAUGACUAUUCCAGGUACACAAAAAAGUAUGUACAAUACUUUUAAUAUACCUAUUAAUACAUUAGGAGAAUAGAUUGGCGGAUCUCCCCCUAUACAGACUACUAAUAUCCGUUAUGUUAUCCAUAGCCUGUCUGCUGUUUCCCGUCUCUCCUCUUCAUUUGUCGCCUUGUCAUCUGUCUCAAGUGUACAGUAUCCUCUCCCUAUUUUAGUCCUUUUACUCAAAAGCGUUUUAAUUUCAUCUGCAGUUGUGGAAAGCAAUCAAUACUUGGUUUUUUGAUGAAACCAGCUGAACUCAACAUGGAAUUGCUGAUACUGCUGUCUUCUUUCUCCUCUUUUUUACUCUCUAUGCUCUUCUUUAUCUUAUUUUUCUCCUUUUUCCUUAUUGUUCCCUCUUUCUCUUACUCUGGCACAAUAUUAGUGUAUCCAACCCGUUCUGGAUCUCCCCCCCCUCUCGUCGUCUGUGUGCUGUGGGUGCUGUGCUGUAGCUCCAACAAAAAUAGAGACUAAAAAUAUAAAAAAUGAACGGAACUUUACGAAACUGGGAAAGCGGGAACACAAUAAACUUAUAAAAUGGACCGUUCCUGAUUUUUCCAGACAAAAAUCCCUGACAUGGAGAGAGAAAAAAGAAGAUGAAAAAAGAAAUUCCGCCAAUGAUACGAUGACGUCAUUUUCCACAGCAUCACCAACUGAAGAAACCAAUUUCAAAUCUUCCAAGUUUAAGAUGAAAACAGAAGCAAAAAGUCUGCGCUGUUUGUGCACAAGCAAUUGGUUGUGUGUACACACUUCUGUCUGUUUAUUGAUGCCAUGAAUUCUUUGUGCUGCCCUGUGCUGUUUUGUUGUACUGAUGGACGUCAAUCUCCAUCAGUUUUGACCUGAUGUUGUGCUGCGUUAAUGUGUGGGUGCGUGUGUGUAUGCGCGUGUGUGCGUGCGUGUGCGCGUGUCUGUGUGUGUGUGUGUUCACAGGAGCAACACUAUUUAAACAGCAGAAAUCUUCUCUUUUCUCUUUCGCAUCUUGCGCUCUUCUUGCUCUACUUACUGCCAUUGUUUCCCCCAUCCUCCUUCACUGCCCUGCCUUCUGAACGAGGGCACAGGGGAGUUCUAUCUGCACUUUUU